AUGAGCCAAAGUUUUGAUUUUCCAAAUAAAGAUUUGAUAGCUAUUUCAGUAGAAGAAGAAACUAUAUCUACCAAUGAACAUUGGAAGUUGAACUUUGAUGGUGUUUCGAAUGCCGUAGGGCACGAAAUUGGGGCAAUUUUGGUCUUACUGAAUGGAGAACAUUAUCCUUUCAUCAUUCGACUGAAUUUUGAUUGCAUUAACAACAUGGUUGAGUACGAAGAUUGCGUCUUGGGUCUCAGAGCUGCCAUUGAACGUAAAAUAAAAACACUCAAAGUAUAUUGGGAUUCAACUCUAGUUAUUUAUCAACUCAGAGGUGAGUGGGAAACAAAAUAUCCCAAGCUGGUGGAAUAUCGUAAAUUGGUCAUGAGACUUAUCAAAGAAUUUGAAGAAGUGACAUUCAAUUACCUCCCUAAAGAUGAGAAUCAAAUGACAGAUGCCUUGGCUACUUCAGCAGCAACAUUUAAAGUAAAUGAGCACUCAAAUAUGAUGCCCUUUGAGAUUCAGGCUUAUGGGUAUCCAACCCAUUUCUAUAGCAUCGAAGAGGAUGAUAAUGGAAAUCUCUGCUAUUAUGAUAUCUUGCAAUACAUCAGAUAUCAAAGAUAUCCUGAGCAGGCAACCGAGAAUGACAAAAGAACUAUUAGAAGGAUGGUUGCAGGGUAUGUUCUUGAUGGUGAGAUCGUUUACAAGAAAAGUCCAGAUCAGGUUCUGCUAAGGUGUGUUGAUGUCAAAGAAGCUAAAACAAUCAUCGAGGAAGUGCAUGAGGGGGUGUAUGGUACCAAUGCCAAUGGACAUGCAAUGGCUAGACAAAUAAUGAGAUUUGGGUAUUAUUGGUCAACAAUGGAGACUGGUUGCAUCAAUUAUACCAGGAAAUGUCACAAGAUCUAG